AUGUCGUCUUCACGGCCAAAGAUGUGCAGGGAGGGCGUGCUCGAGACGAUGAAGUCGGCGAGUCUCGAGCCCCCCGAUCUGGACCACCUGUUCGAGCACUGGCCGCGCGCUACGAGCCCCCAUUACAGAAUCCUCCGAGAGGAGGCAGACGCCUUUUUGACAUGGGUCGUCCCGCCAGGGCGUAAGCGAGAGAGUUAUCUGGCAUCCGACUUUGCCUGGCUCUUUGCCUCGUGGUUUCCGUACGCGCCCCUAGAGGCGCUCAAGAUCCUGACGUGUGCGAACAUCUGGCUUUUCCUCUGGGACGACGAAAUCGACGCCGCCACCGGCUCGUUGUGGGAUGCCUGGGACGCGGCGGAAGCGUUUCGCCAAGUCACCAAAGAUUUCGUCCGCGCUUGUCUCGGCCUGGCUCGGGACACGGGCGAUCCGUAUGCCCUCGCGGACGACAUUAGAAUCUACAGCGGCGGCAAGGCUCUCGGGCGACUUGCAAAAAUUUACGGCAACGUCGAGCAGAGAGUACGGCUGAGCGAUUCAAUCCAGACCAUUGAGCAGUUCUGCAGUGUCCGCCCUGCCAGCUCGGGCGCCUCUCAAGAGAUGUGCUACCUACCCCUCGCGUGCGGCUAUCCAGUCCUGGAACUGCCAGGCAAGGUGUUGAACGACGCGGCUUUCCAGACGUGCUGGAGCCGCUGCGAAGAAAUCGUCGCCUAUGUCAACGACGUCUGGUCGGUCCGGAGGGAGAUUGACGACAACGCCAUUGACAGCCUUGUGCCCCUGUUCUACGCGCAGCAAGGGGACCUCGACAAGGCGUGGCUGUUGACAGUCGACAUGAUUGCGACAAAGGUCAAGGAGUUUGACGACGCUGCGGAGAGUCUACUGCGUCGCUUUGCAUCCGCGCCCGAGAGCCCAAAGUUGACCGACUUUGUAAAGGGCUGCAGGUACAUCUGCACCGGCAAUCUGAUGUGGAGGUGA